AUGCGGCACUAUACUCUAAUACCCCCGGACCUAAAGAAGGAGGACAACCUAUUGGCAAAACCAUCUCGUGUAAAACCAGAUCAGAGAGCUAUUUACGAGAUGGCCGAACUUACCUACUAUCUCGGUUUUAAGUCUACAGAGAUCGAUAGAUCGCGCGGUCGGCUCUGCUAUAGGCCCGAAAACCGGAUCGGUAUCGAUAUAACUACGAGUAGUUCGAUAUCCUACCAGCCCGACCGGUCACAAGAUCUUCUUGUAGAUAGUACCGUGAAGAUAAAGGUCCGCUCUAGGACUAUUUACACGCGGAAGUUAAGGUUACCGAUACUAUCACUAGCUUUUUUGUCCGCCGCUAUAUCUAUUUUGUAUUUUUCGGAAAGCCUAUAUAAAACGCGGGAUAAGGAUAUAUUAGACCAAAGCAGUCCUCGCGAUAAAAAUCUUUCCCUUCGGGAAAUAGAUCUCGAACCAGCGCCGAAUAACUUAGUAUUAGCUCCGCUGUACGAUUCCCAUAACUAUACUAGCCCUAGAGACAUAGAUACCGUUAGCGAUUGUACGAGGAUCUCCUUCGAAGUAGAUAAAUCUAGGCAAGAUCCGGACAAAGGAGUAUUGAUCGUGCCGGCGUCCCUAGAAUCCGAGGCAGAUAGUUCGCCAAAUAUUAGUGGCCCUCCUAGGCAGCAAGCGUUGGAUAUAUACCUUACCUAUUUAUAG